UUUUGACAGUUCCACUUUGACAGCGCCACGAAAAGCAAAGUGGAGUGUAAACAUCGAAUCGCACCGAAGAUAAAGUACUUUUUUAUGGUGUAAAAGGUGUUUUCGAAUGGUGGGUGUAAUUAUUUAGCUUGUAGCCGAAUCCGCCAAUUAACGCCAUGCCUACAAUCAUCGCGCUGGACGUGUCGCUUUCGAUGUCGCGCCCCAUACCGAACCAACCAUCGGGCACCGGUGGGUCCGGUGGAAGUACGGAAUCGGAGAAUGUGUUGACCUACCAUCAUCUAGCAGCUCAGGGAAUAAAUUAUGUGCUCGAUUAUCUCACCAAGCAUGCCCGUCUGGAGUAUGUAUCCCUGAUCAUCUAUUCGUCGCUGUACGAAGUUGUAGUGGAUUUCACGCGUGAUUACGAAUCAAUUCGGCAGGCGCUGCCCAAGAUCGAGCAUUACGACAAGACCUGCCUGGAGAAUGUGUUGGUGGCAGUGAACAAUGCGUUUAAGACGCACUGGGGCAGCCAGAACUACUGCCAAAUCAUCUUCGUCACAGACUGUGGCGUUGGAAUGGGGCCAACCUCGCUGAAGAAUACGAUCAUCAACAUACAGACGUACAAAGCGGCAUGUGCGGCAGCCGCCGCAGCAGCUGCCGCUUCGUCCGAUGGCUCCAAAACGGCCGCCGCGCUCGCUGCCGGUAACAGUGCGUCCAUUCCGGCACCAUCCGAAAACCAGUGGGUCGGAUUUUCCUACCCAAGCAAGCUGUCCUUCAUGUGCCUCGGUAGCUUGUCAACAGAUUCCGCCUUCCGGUGUGGCACAAAGCUCUACCGGCAGCUGCUGGAAGUGAGCGGACAAAAGGGACAAUUGUUUAUACCGCGCUUGAAGAUAAAACACGAAGAAUCGGCCGGAGAUGAAACAUCCCCAAGCACCGCCGGAGAUGACAGCGAGGACGGUAUGAGGCAGUUGACGCGAUCGUCCGCGCUGGAAUGCUUUGCCACGAUGUGCGAUGUCAACUAUCGGCAGUUUGAGGCAACACUGCGCUGCGGCGGCUAUUUCCGGCUAGAAGAACCCGUCACCGUUUGGCCAGCGCCGCUUCCAUAUACCGCGCGUGAUGUGUUGGGUGCCGAGACGACCAAGCUCAUGUCCCGCCGGCUGGAAGUGUGUGGCUUUAUUCGCAUGUCGGACAUUGGUUCGCCGAUGUCUGUUAGUAGACACCUGAUACUGCCUCGCAGUACCGCCGCCGGCGCAGCCGAACGGGAAAACGAUGGUGGGAAGGCUGAGCUGAAAAACGGACAUGGCCACCCUUCCGCCGAGGAACGGCUCGAGGCCGACAUUAAAGCGUUCUACGCCAAAUCGGACUCCGGCGGCGAGCAUCACCAACACGACGAUCACACACCGGACGGUGGUGCGGACGUGAACAAGGAGUCAGUGUGUGUGCUUCUGCACGGUUCGCUUAAGGUAGAGAACAUGGCCGCCCUGGUGCUGGUGGGCGACAAUUGGUACGGGUUCAUCUACUCAUACGCGGACGGGAAGAAAAAGUGGAACCUGAUGCUGAACGUUCUCCCGCCCGGAAGCGACGUGGUACCGUGGCUAGGUGACCUACGCUAUCUCGGCACAAUGGAGGACGCUUUCCAGGGCGAAAACCCCUCGUUCCCGAUCAAGGCAGACAAGCGCAGCUACUCGCAAACGAUCGUCGUCUGGAUCCGGCACGCCAGCCUCCAGUCCGACAUACAGAAGGUGCUUAGGCACGCGAAGAAGCUGCCCGAAAAGACGCAACACUUCUACAAGGAGCUGAACCGCAUCCGGCGGGCGGCCCUUUCGCUCGGCUUCGUCGAACUGCUCGAAGGAUUGGCACACAUUUUCGAGCGCGAAAUCAGUACGCUACCACUGAACGCGUCACCGGACUGCUCCAUGCAGCUGACCCAUGCAGCCAUCGAGCUGCGGAAGACCAACAACCGCGAUCUGAAGUCCGUCAUUCACGCCCUGCCCACACAGUACAACCAGCUCGGAUAGAUGCCGGGCGGAUUUGGUUGGCGAGUCAUAAAAUAGAUAAGUUAGUUAUUCGCUAACAGCAGUAACAGACAGAAUAGAAUAAACACAUUUCUUUCUCUUAAAACCGUACCCUCUUAAAGGCUAGAUUUCUCAAAUAGUUUUAUUCUCAGCUGUCAUUUCGCUUAAAAUGAGGCAGCUUCUGUGUUUCGCGGUUCCGGUUUUCGGCACGAAGGAGUUUCUGUGUUUUCCUUCUCCGAUUUGCCCUGCCUCUCUUUGCCUGAUUUCUUCAAUCAAUUGAUCAAUUAAUAAUAUAAUAGUAUACAUUUUCUUUUCGUUUCGUUUCGUUUCUUAUCGUUUGCUGUUUUGUAGGGUAACCGUUUCCUUCGGGGCAUUAGUAGAGCCUGCACCAGCUAUCCAAUUUUUAACCCACUUCAUUUUUUUUAGAUUGAUGUUCAACUUCUCUUCCAUCCUCUUAUUGCCUUUCUGCUUUGUUUUAGUAUUUUUGCCGAAAUAGAUUGUUAAGCUAAACAGGGGUUGGGUGGUUGUUCCGAUUCUCUAAACGUGGUAUGUUCUAAUUUUGUGUUAAAUUUUUCUUUUCUCUUAUUUUUUGCAAAUAAAAUUGUCGCAGAGAGUAGUGCUGGUAAUUUUGUCGACUUUUUUCCUCGAUUCACACAUGCACGUUACGGUUUCACAAAAGCGCAAAAUAGUGAACAAGCCUUAGCAGCGCGCUCUUCCCGCAAAAAGGAAGUGGCGAUUUUCUAUUCUUCUCGUUCCCAUGUUAGGUAAUUCUAUGCGGUAUACUUUUGUUGUUGUUUCUAAGUUCUAAAGUUAU